AUGGGUGCGCGUCGUUACUUGUUGCCACUGGCGGCAGUGUUGCUGCUGCUGCUUGGGCAGUGUUCAAUCCAGGGCCAGGAACAGGAGCCAUCCAGUGACAAGCAGUGGUGGGAAACUGCCGUUUUCUACCAGAUCUAUCCUCGAUCGUUCUACGAUACUAAUGCCGACGGUGUCGGUGAUAUCGUUGGUAUUACGGAGAAACUUCAGUACCUGAAGGAUACCGGCAUCGACGCGACCUGGUUGAGUCCGAUCUUCAGCUCACCGCAGGAGGACUUUGGUUACGAUGUGUCGGAUUUCAAGCUGGUGGAUCCACUGUUCGGUACGAACGCGCAUCUGGAGGAGUUGUUCCGUGAAGCGACCAGGCUGGGGCUGAAGAUUGUGUUGGACUUUGUACCGAACCACACCAGUGACCAGCACCAGUGGUUCAUUGAUUCGGAGAGGGGCAUCGAACCGUACAAGGACUACUACAUCUGGCACCCGGGCCGGACGGAGAACGGCGUGCGACUCCCGCCGAACAACUGGCAAUCGGUGUUCUACGGUUCCGCAUGGGAGCUCAGCCCAACGCGCAAUGAGUACUAUCUGCAUCAGUUCGCCAAAGGGCAGCCGGAUCUGAACUAUCGCAAUCCGGCCGUCAUCGCCGAAUUUGACGAGGUGCUGCGCUACUGGAUGGAGCGUGGAGCGGCCGGGUUCCGGGUCGAUGCGAUCAAUCACAUGUUCGAGGAUGCGGAGUUACGCAACGAACCGAUCAACAACCCGGAGGAUCCCAACAGUUACGGUUACACGCAUCACAUCUACACGAAGGAUCUGCCCGAAACGUACGAAGUGAUCGCUCGCUGGCGCACAGUGCUUGACGACUUCGUGCGCCAGAAAGGCGGAGACGCUGUCAUUAUGAUGACGGAAGCGUACGCAAACCUUACGAUGACGUUGAAGUAUUACGAGUCCGAGGACGGGUUACAGCAGCGGGCUCACUUUCCGUUCAACUUCGUCAUGAUCGAGGAGCUCGGCGAAGGAUCCACUGCGCACGAUUUCAAGUUCGUCAUCGAUCGGUGGCUGGAAAACUUGCCCCGGGGCAAGACGACGAACUGGGUGCUCGGGAACCACGACAAGCCGCGGGUUGCCAGUCGCUACGGAGUGGAACGGGUCGAUGGGAUGCAGCUAAUGCUGAUGGGGCUGCCAGGUGUGGCCGUUACCUACAACGGAGACGAACUUGGAAUGGUAGACCACCGGGACAUCUCGUUCGAAGAAACGCUCGAUCCGCAGGGUUGCAAUCUCGGCGAGGAAGGUUACAAGUGGGCAUCGCGUGACCCGCAACGAGUGCCCUUCCAGUGGGACGACACGCUAAACGCGGGAUUUUCGAAGGCACCGAAAACGUGGCUUCCGGUACAUCCGCUCUACCGUCAGACGAACCUGCUGAAGCAGCAGGAGGCCGACGAGAGCCACUACAAGUUCUACCUCGACGCGGUGAAGAUGCGCCGGCAUCGGGUCUUCACGCACGGUCAGUUUAAGUCGCGCGCCUUCGGUGACUGGGCGUUCGCGUUCGUGCGCUUCCUGCGUGAGGAGGAGAACCGCCUGGACGAUCCGUACCGCGUGGUGUUGAUCAACUUCUCCGGCGAACCGCGAACGGUCGACGUGAACGAUCUGUACGAGAUCCGCAACCAGACCGAGGUGUACCUGGUCGGAAAGGACUCCCGGCAUAAGGUGGGCCAUCGGAUGAGCGCGAAACAGGUCGCCCUCGGUCCGUGGGAAUCGCUCGUCCUGGGACCGAUUUCUGGCGGCUCUCGGCUUGCGCUGUCCCUUGCCUUGCUCAUCGUGGCCACUGUGAAGGCUUUUCUGUACUAA